AGAAUAAGAGUCGAGUCGAGCAGGACAUCUCAGAGCGCACAACAGGAGGCUCAUCUGACUGCACGAGGGCAAGUUUUGUUUCAGAUAAAACGUUUAAAACAAGUUUAGAUUAUUUUAAAUGAAAAAGAAUAUGAAUAGCUUGCAGUAAUCUCUGCUGCUGCUGUGAGGAAAGUUUCCCACGUGGUUUCUCAUCUUUGCGCAACAGGUUCCUCACAGAUUUAACAGACUCCGACCCAUGUAGGAGGAGGAAGCAUGUUGUCACCGUUUCGGCCCUUUGGCAUUGAGCUGGAGAUCAACUCAUGGGAUGUGGCGGAUGCAGAAUCAGGUUCAACUUGUGGAAGGUGCUCUCCAAAGCCUCUGUGUGCUUUACCAUGGUCCUGAUCUUCACCUACUUCUUCUACUGCCUCACGGGAUUCUGUGAUUCCACUCCAAGAGCUUUAUUCAAGCAGCAAGCCCCACACAGAGGUUAUGACAUAUCUGACGACCGCCGCCGCAUGCUGGAGGAUCUGCGACCGUCUCCGCGCUUUCCUUUGGACGCGCGCUCCGUGCGCAACGGCACCGCUGCUGCUCCGCGCGCACAGCAGGUGGACGCAGAGGGGCAGAGGAGCAAAAACGAGAGCACGCAGAGCAGCGGCAUACCUGUCUCCAACACUUUUGGGAGCAAACGGUUCCCGCAAGCGAUUAUAAUCGGCGUGAAGAAAGGAGGAACCCGCGCCCUGCUGGAGUUUCUCCGCAUCCACCCGGACGUGAGGGCGUUUGGCGCAGAGCCGCACUUCUUUGACCGUUUCUAUGACAAGGGACUGGAGUGGUACAGGAACUUGAUGCCUCGGACUCUGGACGGGCAGAUCACCAUGGAGAAGACCCCGAGCUACUUUGUCACAAAGGAGGCUCCCAGCCGCGUCUGCACGAUGAACUGCCAAACCAAACUGAUCGUGGUGGUGAGGGAUCCAGUAACGCGUGCCGUAUCGGACUACACCCAGACACUGUCCAAGAACCCGGGCCUUCCAUCCUUUCAGAGCCUCGCCUUGAAAAACGCCACCACAGGCCUGAUCGAUACCUCGUGGAGCGCCGUGCGCAUUGGCCUCUAUGCCAAACACUUGGAGAGCUGGCUCCAAUACUUUCCCCUGUCUCAGUUUCUCUUUGUUAGUGGGGAACGUUUAGUGUCCGACCCAGCAGGGGAGAUGGGCCGGGUCCAGGAUUUUUUGGGAUUAAAAAGGGUGAUUUCUGACAAACACUUCUACUUCAACCAGACUAAAGGAUUUCCCUGUUUGAAAAAGCCAGAGGGGAGCAGCAGACCUCGCUGCCUUGGAAAGUCCAAAGGCAGACCUCAUCCUGACAUCCACUCUGAGGUCCUGCAGAGACUUAGAGACUUCUACAGGCCUUUCAACCACCGCUUCUACCAACUGAGCGGACAGGACUUUGGCUGGGACUGACAGCAGGACUGUGCUAGCCCAGAUAUAAACAAAAAUCUUGUACUUUUUUUUUACACCAAAAGUGUUACGAUGUUUCUGAAACAGGGAAACACCCACUAAAACCAACCACUGAACCCUUUUACUCAAUCUUACAAAAAGCUGCAGAGAUCAACUCUGAAACAUUGAAAUAAUAAGCUGCAAGAUCUCCUUUUUCUGUCUACAAUAUAAAAAAUGUGCAUUUUUCAUUAGGAAAAGAAGGAACUUGCAGCCCAACACCUUCAACUUGUUAGCUAAAAAGCUAGUCGAUCACUAAAGAUGCUAACAUACUCAUCCUGCACAGUGUUUAUUAUAAACAACAAAAUACUUUUAUUUUGUUCAUUUACUUUCACCGUUUUAGCAUUCUCAGGGAAGAGAAGAAAUUCUGCCUGUGGAAUCUGACCUGCAGCGCUCCCAAACUGCGACAGUUUAAAGGGAAGAUGUGCACACAGUGCUGCUAAUAUGCAAACAGUAAGGAUUUAUGGAACUAUUUUCUUGUUUAUACAGCGUAUAAUGAAUGCAAUAUUUUACUGUCUCUGUUUUGUCUAAAAAUGAAACACCUAUUUAUGAUUUCCGUCACUAUAGAAUACAUUUAUAUUUUGUAUUUUAUAGGGGGAAAAAAAGCUAUUUAUUUCAUGACAAGCCAAUACAUAAACUGGUAUGCUGUUUAACUGGACUUUGGGGUUUAUGUAACGCUCCGCAAUGCUAGGAUAUGGUUUAUUUGGAGUUUUGAAGUUAAUUAUUUGGACAGUUUGGCUAUUUAGUGAAACCUCAUUUGAAAAGGGCAGAUUAAAGGCAUGCAUGCACAUUCAGUUACUGAUAUUUUUUCUUCAAAGCUAUAUUUUGAUUGUUUUAGACAGUGCCAAUUGUAUGAGCUCUUAGUCAUCCAUCAUAAACCAUUUGUAGAUGUUUAGAUCAAUGAUUAUACUGAUUUGUUCUUUUGAGCCAACACUAAACCCAUUGCUAUGUACAAAAGCAGAUCUGACUAACACUUUGUUUUGGGAAGUAAAGUUUUAUACAAA